CGCACGCACACAUGCACGCACACACACACAAUUAAGCCAGAAAGUAGAUAUAUAGCCUUCAAAAUUACUUUAAAUAAUGAGUGAGGAGGCGGCCAUCUUGUUUUCAACUGAAGCCCCGCCCCCCAGCCGCCAUGAUGGUCUGGCCCGAUUCCAAUAAUAUUUUUAUUUCGUAAAUUUGUAUAUUGCGGCUUUUUAAGUGAGUUGUUGUGGUUUGUAAAAAUAUUUAGUGAUGUUUUGAGUGUUUUCCAUAAGUGUGUGAAGGGAAAUUUGUUGAUUAUGAGGUCCUUUUAGUGUAAAUAAGUGUUGCUUUUUACCGUUAUUUUUUUAAGGUCGUCCUAGAAAAAAAAAUAUUUCAGCCGCUAGGCAAGAUUUUAUUGGCUCAAAAAAUCGUUUAUGGUUAUUAAAGUGUGUUAUGAUCCUGUUGAGUUAGAUAUGUGGAGUUUUAAAAGAUUUAUAGGCGUGUGAAAAGUGGAAAAGUUGACAUUUAUUAUUUCUUUAUUUCUUUAUUUCAGCUUGUAACUAACUUUUGAUUGUUUGUAAAAAUAGUUUUGAUUUUUUAAAGUGUUUUGCAUUCCUGGUAAAAUAGAUUUGUGGACUUUACAAUGUUUUUUUAUCGUGUUUAUGUUCCAACAAUUUUUUAAUCGGUUCUUUUAAAAUAUCUUUAUUAUUAGUCAGGCUCGGAAUGGUUUUACAUUCCCAAUAUUAGUUAAACUAUUUGACAAGUUAGAAUAUAUUAGGCAUUCCGGCUUAGCUUCAUUUUUGCGAGGGGUCAAUUUCAAAAUGGAUUCGUUAACGUAUUUUUGAGGUGUGACGUCAUCAAUGACGUCAUCACACCAGGGGCCGGGACGCCCCUUCAUUGCAGUCUCUGUCUGUCAUUGUUCGGUCGCCUCCUCCGCCCCCCUGUCAGGUAUGGAGGGGUUAGGGAAAGGAGGUCGUGUUCCUGGGGCUGCCCCUGACAGGCCAGCUGACGCCCCUUGAUGUCUCCAUGGCCGUGGUGAGGCAGGAGAGGACUCAAGCAAAGCCACCGAUGCCCGCAUUAUACCGGUCAAGGCAAGAGUAUGAGAGGAGAUCACGAACUCUUGCUGCCAGUGGUCUGGGGCCGCAGAGGACUGUAAAACAGAUUAAGAAGAUUUGGGAAAACAUGAGAUCAAGGGCCAAGAAGUUUGUUAGUGACCAGAAGAAAAAACUGUGUCGAACAGGAGGUGGUCCUCCAAGUCCAGUCGUCAAGCCAGACCCUGUAUUGGAGAAAAUCCUUGCUCUCAUCGCAGACGAGCUAGAACUGGACCCAAACCACAAUGACAGUGACAGAUGGCCAACAGAUGUCACUGUUGUUGUUAUUAAUGAGAAGGGAGAGCAGUUGGAUGAGCCGAUGGCCAUGACUGAACAGCCAUCCACAGCAUGCUCAGUGCCUAUUUUGCUCAUGCCUGCCAGAGGAAAUGAUAGUGCACCUGCUGCUUGCACCUCUUUUGUUGAGUCAUCGGGAACUGCAGCUUUGCUCUACAGUCCUGCCAUCCACAGCACACCUCUUCCUUUAACUUCUAAGGACGUUCGUGGAACUGUAGUGUCAUCCUCAAGCUCCUCCAACCACUGUACACCACUUUCUUCAACCUCUGUUGAGGUACCUGCAACAGUAGCUUCAAUUUGUAGCACACCUCUUCCUUCCACCUCUGUUUUGGAAUCGGUACCAGUUACCUUUCCAAGUGAAUUGUCACCAAUACAGUCUUCCAGUGCGAGAGGAAAAGUGAGUGGGAAAAAGUUUAAAGCAGAGAAAAGGCAAGUGGAAGACAAUGUUGGCAGAGAGUCCUAUGAAAUGUUGUCAAAGUUUCAAAAGGAAGAACAUGAAAUAGUGAUGCAAAUUCAUAAACAAAACUUAGAAAAUAAAAAGAUGGAAGGGGACUGUCUAUGCCAAGCAAUGAAAAUUAUGUCUUCUAUACAUUCAAGAGUUGAAGACACUGGAAGAUGUGCAUGCAGCUGCAGGUGCAUUUGUAGAUUUCUUGGACAAUUCUAGAAAUGAUAAGGCAUAAAUUUGUUUUGUGGUGUUGCUGUAAGAUCAAGAUCCAAAGUUUCUUUACUCACCCAGUUUAGUACAAACACUUAUAAUAUAUAUAUAUAUAUAUAUAUAUAUAUAUAUAUAUAUAUAUAUAUAUAUAUAUAUAUAUAUAUAUAUAUAUAUAUAUAUAUAUAUAUAUAGUAAUCUCAGUGCUUUGUUUGAGGUAUCAUUAUAUUUUUUUGAAAUAGUACAUGGAUUCAUGUAUUCAUGUGAUAUAGGACUGUGAUUUAUUAUAUAAUUACUAUAUAAGGGCAAUGGCCAUUAAUAACUAGUCUCCUUUUUUACACCCCCAAUUUAGUAUAAACACUUAGAUAACACUUAGAUAAUCUCUGUGCUUCAUUAGUGAUGUGAUCAUUAAAGGAUUUUUUCAAUAAGACAUACAUUCUUGUGAUAUAUGACUGUGAUUUAUAAAUAGAGGUAAAGAUCAUUAAAACCUUGUCUUUUUCCUCAAUAUGUAUAUUUAUUUACAUUGGAUAAUAAAUUACUAUACAGUUAA